AACGAUGUGUACGUUAAACCUUUUGGCAGCUAUCUGUCUCCAUGCUGGCUCACACAAAAAAAAGUGUCAAGGAAAGUAAACUUGGAUUUUGGCGUCACUCCUUUCAAAAUUCAUUGAGAGCAUACAUAAUUGACAGAUUAACUUGAAUUGUUGCUUCUCGUUGUGUUGUUGUCCCCCGGUGGCUAGCUAACAAAACAAAUGCCCUUUCCUAAAUUAGCCAUGUUUGGAGAUAGUGAUUUGGACUUGUGAUUUUAUUUAUCCUCCGUAAUGGCCAAUGAUAAUGGCGAUUCUGAUCCAACCACUAAUUCUUACAUUGCUGUGCCUCUUGCCUGAGGAUGGAAGUCCAAUAUGUAGCUACAGUAACGUUAGAUGUAGAAGGCUACUGUUUUAACUCGCUAAUGUUGCCUCGAAUUGAAGUUAGGGUAGCGAACAAGCAUUUAGCCAGGUAGCCUAGGACAACAAACAAAUAAAAAGCGUGGACUGCUGUAUGACAGAGUGAUAAGACCGUGUCCUCAACAUGAAAGAGAGGAGGAUGGCAUUGGCGUUUCUCUACAAGUAGGACUCUGUAAUAGGUGGAGCGCAGCAUAAGACCAACAGACGUCCUAAUAAUGUGCAGUCUGCUUACACUGGAUGACUGGAAACAGCAGAGAUGAAGGAGCUAUGGAUUAUGGUUGUCUUUGCUACAGUAUCAGUCUCUCCUCUCCCACCACAACCCCUCUGGACUGUAUCAACGGUGGUGAGCUGCAGAGUGGAGUCUGUAUCUGUCCUGAUGAGUGGACUGGAGACACCUGUUCAGAGGAGAAUUUCUGCAAUUCCACCAGCAAGGAUGGAUUCUCCUUCCCAAGAACAACGGUUGGCUGGUCUGCUUAUUCAGAAGAGUUGUGUGAUGAGAAGACAACCAGUACCGGUUUACCAGAAGCCUCAGCAAGAUGUUUGAAUGACACCGGCUCUCCAAUGUUUGGUCCUCCUCACAUUCUGCAGUGUGAAUUUACCCUCAGUGACAUUCAAGGAAAUAUCUCCAGCAGUUCAGGUGAUUUACUACAGUUGGCCUUCAGUACUCAGAUCCUGACCUCUCAACCAGAGCAGCUGUCAGCUGACAACAUCACCACAGCAGCUCAGAUCGCUAACACACUGCUUCUGUCUGCAAAUAUCACAGAGGACAUUGCAGUGGCAGCUGUAACUACCAUCAGUCAGCUGCUGAAUGCCAGUGAGGAGAGUACACAGGAGAGAGACGCUGUCCAAAACCUCACAGAGACCCUGGAGAUGUUUUCCCUGGACCAGUACAAUAAUGUGUCAUUGGUGGUUCAGCCCAACCUGGCAGUCCAGUCUGUCCAAGUACCAAGUGACUCAGUAGGGAUCCAGUUUACUGCUCUGACUGGAAGUUCUGGCAAUUUUGUGGCAAACGGAAUAAAUCUCAACAUCAAUACCUCUGAACUGAUAGCUGACAAAGGAGGUUCUACCGAUGUCCAGAUUGUUAUCAAAUUCCCACCAGUUUUACGUAGUAAAAACACAAACCACUCCAUUGGUUUUGUGCUCUACCAAAACGACCGGUUCUUCAGGUCCAGUGCUUUCAGUGCUUCUUCAGGGACCAGCAGAACGGUCAUCUCUGCUAACCUGGGACAAGUGUCUGGGUUACAUGUUGAGAUGCUCUUCAAGCCCACAACUGUCCCCAACGCCUCCCUCCAUGACUUUGCCUGCGUGUGGUGGAACUACACGUUGAAAGACUGGAGCACCUUUGGCUGCUCCAAAGUCAACCACUCAGAAGACGGCCUGCAAUGUUUCUGUAAUCACACCACUAACUUUGCUGUGCUGAUGUCGUUCAGGAGGGAUUUUAAAUACGCUGAAGCACUAAACUGGAUCACCAUAUUGGGAUGCUCCAUGUCCAUCAUAGGGUUGAGUUUAACAAUAACAUUCCAGAUCACAACCAGGAAAUCACGCAAAACCAACCCAACGGUCCUCUUAGUGAGCGUCUGUGUGUGUCUCCUGAUCUUCACCCUCCUCUUCAUGUUGGGAGUGGACAACCCUCAUAAACAGCUGGACAAACCUGAAAUACUUGAGGACAACGUUCUCCCCCCGUCCGACACACACACGGCGCAGGACAGAGGGCUCUGUACUGCAGUGGCAGUCCUGCUGCAGUACUUCCUGUUGGGGACGUUCACCUGGAACACGCUGUACGCCACAAAUGUCUUCCUGAUGAUCAGAAACAGCCUGGCCACCAGCCCAUCACACUUCACAGCCUAUACCGUGGCCAUCGGAUGGGGACUGCCUGCGGUUGUGGUGGCCCUCACCUUAGGAAUUAGUUACAGAGUGGAUGAUCCACUGGGUUACAGGCAGGAAGAAUUUUGCUGGCUUGCUGCCCUCGAUCCAAAGGGGAACUUUGACUUCAAGCUGCCAAUGUUUUGGGGGUUCCUGGUCCCUGUGGCAUUCAUGCUUAUGUUCAACACAGUGAUGUUGGUAUAUUUUGCAGUUACAACGUGCAAGACCAACCCACAUUUAACUAGUACAAGACACACAUCGAUGAAGAAGAAGUUCCUCAGUAGCUUCUCUCUGGCUGUGGUGCUCGGUCUCUCCUGGAUCCUGGGCUAUCUGUUGCUCAUUCCACAGAACCAGACCAUGUACACCAUACUCAACAUCUCCUUCUGUGUUCUCACCACCACUCAGGGAUUGCAGAUUUUCAUUCUGUUCACAGCGAGAACAGCAAUUUUCAAGAAAAAGAUGUCAAGUGCUUUGAAAUCUGUCUCUAGUGCUGGGAUCCCUCUUCACACUAGGAAGUUCAGUCUAUGGCGAGGCGAGCACAGUGAUAAAGUAGAAUCAUACACACAUCUGGACACUGAUCUGUCAUUUCCACCUUGGUCCUCACAGACAUCUAGCUGAUGGGCUGUAAGUUCAACCUCUGUUGUAAAAUAUCUCAUAUACCUCCACUAUUUUCCUAUAAUAUACAGUAUAAUACACACAACAUUUUGUAUCAACGUAUAUUCACUGCGAAUUCCCUCAGAAGUUGUGUUGUCCAAAUAUUUUUUGCAUAAAUACCGUAUAUCCUGAACAUUUGUUCUUUAUAAAAUGUUACUGUUUUAAUUAAAUCUUGAAUCAUU